AUGGUUGGAGAAACAACAGAUGGUUUAGAUAAUGGGAUUCUUGUUCCUGAUUCUGAAUCUGUUAUAUCAAGCAUCAAAUACCAUGCAAAGUUCACACCAUCAUUCUCUCUAGAAAAAUUUGACCUUCCAAAAGCAUAUUAUGCUACUGCUGAAAGCAUUCGUGAUAUGCUCAUCACUAAUUGGAAUGCCACAUACAAUUUCCAUAAAAAGAUGAAUGUGAAGCAAGCAUAUUACUUAUCUAUGGAGUUUUUUCAGGGCAGAGCAUUGCUAAAUGUCAUUGGUAAUUUAGAGCUUUCAGGAGCUUAUGCUGAAGCUUUAAGGAAACCGGGUCAUGAUCUGGAGGAUGUUGCUAAGGAGGAGACUGAUUUGAUGAUCGUCGACCUGAAUGAUGACCUGAGGAUUAGUAUCGGCGUAAAUCGACUGAGGCUUGGGCUUCAGUAUCAGCACAAAUCGAGUGAGGAACUGAAUGAUGAACUGAGGUUUAGUGUCGCCGCAAAUCGAGUGAGGAACUGA